AUGCUACUAUACCCUUUUGUUCCAUUACGACCCCAGGAGGUAAUAGCAUUAGCGGUCUUUUGUCUCCAGCCAUGUUCAUUAUCCUCUUUACAUGUUCAUUAUCAUCUUUACAUGUUCAUUAUCCUCUGUACAUGUUCAUUAUCUUCUUUACAUGUCCAUUGUCCUCUUUACAUGUUCAUUAUCAUCUUUUCAUGUUCAUUAUCCUCUUUACAUGUUCAUUGUCCUCAUUAUAAUGUUCAUUGUCCUCUUUAUAAUGUUCAUUAUCCUCUUUACAUGUCCAUUAUCAUCUUUACAUGUCCAUUAUCAUCUUUACAUGUUCAUUAUCUUCUUUACAUGUUCAUUGUCCUCUUUAUAAUGUUCAUUAUCCUCUUUACAUGUCCAUUAUCAUCUUUACAUGUUCAUUAUCAUCUUUACAUGUUCAUUAUCAUCUUUACAUGUUCAUUAUCUUCUUUACAUAUUCUUUAUCCUCUUGACAUGCUCAUUGUCUUCGUUCCAUGUCCAUUGUCCUCUUUACAUGUUCAUUAUCUUCUUUACAUGUUCAUUAUCCUCUUUAUAUGUUCUUUAUCCUCUUGA